GUGUGUUUGCUGGUUUUUCUGUUGAGUGUUGUCUUCGUAUGUGUGGAAGGCGACGCAAACAGUGCUGAAGAAGCUCACCUUGAAGCUGGUACUUCGGAUUGUGAUUCUGGUUCUCCUCCUACUCCUGGCAAAUGUAUUUCUCCUCCUGGUCCACCACCACCUCCCGGUCCUCCUCCUCCUCCUCCUCCUCCUCCUGGUACUGCCGGUCCAAAAGGUUCACACGGUUCUCUAGGUUCUGGUAAAGCUUCUUGUCCUGAUGGAGAGGGAAAUGAAGUUACUUGUCCUUCUGAGAUUGCUGAUACUUCUUGUUCUUCUACGCCUUCUGAUUCUGCAGCUGGUGGUACUUGUGUUCAAGCUGAUGCGAAAAAGCCGAAUGAUGAAGAACCCGUAACUCGUGCUGGUCCAUCUGGUGAAAAAGGUGAACAGGGUCCUGCUGGUCCUACAGGUGAAUUAGGUGCAGGUGGCAGUGAGCAGGGUUCUGGUACUCGUACUAGUAGUGAUCCUGGCUCUUCUUCUGCACCUCCUACCGUAUCUCCUCCAUCUGAAUCUACUACUGAGAAGGGGAGGGAUGCGUCUGCAACUGACUCUGAACCUGGAAACAGCGGCGGCAGUACAACAGAAGAGAGUGGAACUAUCCAGGGAGGUGAUGCAGCACAAUCAUCUUCUCCUUCACCAAACAAUUCCACCACAGGGAGUGACGGAGAAAUUGCUGCUGGGAAUGAUGCUACAACGGCUGCGAAUGGCACUAAACCUACAGAGGGUGAAUCAACAAGUAACCAAGAAGGUGCUGUAGAUAAUACAGAUACCACCACCACAACAACAACACUUCCUCCUGAACUCACAAACAACAAGAAGGGUGAUGCAGACAGCAGCAGCAGUAUCAACAGUUCUGUGUGGGUGCGUGUACCACUACUGAUUGUGGUUACACUGGCCUGUAUUCUUGUGUGCUGA